GAGCAUCAUCAAUGAAAGUAGAGGCCGUUUUGGCCACUUCAAGGAAGGGUUUGUUCCCUCUCGGUCUUUCAAGUAGUAGCACAACAGUGUUGGCAUGUUUUCAAGGGCCUGAGCGGCUUUCCAUCAGUAUUUUGAGUCUCACUGUUUUCGUAUCCUCCCAUAGUCACAGUGACAGGAGAAGGGGCUUCAAACUUGUAAGCAGAGCUCCAGAACUCACUCUAAUGGCGGCUGCUACAGUGAGGAAUGCCAUUCUGAAACACAUGAGGAUUAGGGUUACUCACGUCCCUGCUGCACCUUCUCGGGUUUUUGCUCCAUCUUUUCUUCACCGCUUUUUCUCCGAUGAGUUGAAGGGUUCCUUUCUCGACAAGUCUGAAGUUGCAGAUCGUGUUAUCACUGUUGUCAAGAACUUCCAAAAGGUCGACCCCUCUAAGGUUACUCCAAAUGCUCAUUUCCAGAAUGACUUGGGUCUGGACAGUCUUGACACAGUUGAGAUAGUCAUGGCCUUGGAAGAGGAGUUUGGAUUUGAAAUACCCGAUAACGAAGCUGACAAGAUUCACACCAUCAACCUCGCUGUCAAUUUCAUUGCCUCGCACCCCCAGGCAAAAUGAACAAUGUAAGAUAUGAACCGAAUGUUAUCUGAAUGGAACGGCGGAUUUAUUGUACCUGAUGAAACUGAUAUGGAGCAGGACCAAAAGGGUGUCUGUUCUUUCUGAUUUCCUGUCUUGCAUGGUUCUAAGGUGGGGCCAGAAAGUAGCUCCUCUAUUAUGAAUUAUUAUUAUUAGGGUUUUUUAUGAGUGUAAAAACAUCUGAGAAUGUUUUCAAGACGUUGUAUGAUUAAGAUUUUAGAUUGACUUUGGA